AUGAGUGGAGAGCAUACUGCGUUCUUCUACGGGGUUCUGAUGGCCCCAGAAAUCUUCUACAGCGUAUGCUAUGGCACCAAGACACCUCCCGAAGCGAUUCGCAAGCUGCACACGUUUACCCCGGCGAUUCUCCAUGACCACUGCCGCCAUCGCGUAAAGUCCGCAGACUACCCUGCAGUGGUGCCUGAGAAGGGCCACAGCGUGAAGGGCAUCUACGCCACCGGAUUGACUGAUGCCAACCUCGACAAACUGGACUACUUCGAGGGCUCUGAGUAUGAGCGUGUCACUGCCCAGGUCGAGUUGCAGCAUUCUUCCGACGGCAAGGAGGCUGUCCCUGCGUUCAAGGAUGCCUCUGUCUACAUUUUCCUGCGUCUGGAGCAGCUGGAGCAGCGUGAGUGGGACUUUGAGGAGUUUCGCCGCGACAAGAUGGCACUGUGGACGAGGGGUGGCUGGGCAUUCGACGAAGCUGCCGCUGGCGAUGACAAAGCUGCCGUGAAGACGGCGGCUUGA